AUGAAGGGUAUUAAUAAUGUGACUGAAUUCAUUCUCCUGGGCCUCACACAGAAUCCAGAGAUGCAGAAAAUCAUAUUUGUGGUGUUUUUGCUCAUCUAUUUGGCCACAUUGUUGGGCAACUUGCUCAUUGUCAUCACCAUCCUCAAUAGCCGGUCUCUGGGCUCCCCCAUGUACUACUUCCUGUCUUAUUUGUCCUUCAUAGAUGGCUGCUGUUCAUCCUCCAUGGCCCCCAAAAUGAUAGUUGACUCACUCUCUGAGAGAAAAUCCAUCUCCUUUAAUGGGUGCAUGACUCAGCUCUUUGCAGAACAUUUCUUUGGUGGUGCUGAGAUCCUCCUGCUCACAGUCAUGGCCUAUGACCGCUAUGUGGCCAUCUGUAAACCUCUGCAUUAUACGACCAUCAUGAGCCAGCAUUUGUGUGGUGUGUUAGUGGGAAUUGCAUGGCUAGGGGGCUUUCUUCAUGCCACAAUACAGAUUGUGUCCAUAUUCUGGUUGCCCUUCUGUGGUCCCAAUGUCAUAGACCAUUUUAUUUGUGAUUUCUUUCCUUUGCUGAAACUUGCUUGUAUUGAUGCUCACCCCUUUGCUCUCUUUAUUGCUGCCAACAGUGGUGUGAUGUGCGUGCUAAUAUUCAUCAUGCUACUUACCUCCUAUGUUAUCAUAUUUUACUCCCUGGAGACAUAUAGUUCAGAAGGGAGGCAAAAAGCCCUCUCUACCUGUGUCUCCCACAUCACUGUGGUUAUUUUAUUCUUUGUGCCCUGUAUAUUUGUUUAUCUUCGGCCCAUGGCUACCUUCCCCAUUGAUAAAGCCAUGGCUGUAUUUUACACUAUGAUAACCCCCAUGUUAAAUCCAUUGAUCUACACCCUGAGAAAUGCAGAGGUGAAAAGUGCCAUGAGGAAGUUGUGGAGACAAAGAUUUGCAUGGAAUACCAAAUAA